GGCGGUUGUUGUUGUUUUCGUUUGUGGUGUGCGGUAACGGUUGUUGUCUCGUCUUUGUUGGUUGUCAAAAAUUGUGAUUUCUUAUUUCUUAGAGGUGUUAUAAGUGCGUCAGGUCGAAAUCUUGAAGGUGACUGAGGCGCUCAUGGCAGGCUGCAUGGGGUUCCCGCCCCCUGGGCCCGCCCCCGGCGCCACCGCCCUCGCCGCCCCCGCCGGUCCUCGCGCGGACCCUCCGACCAGAUGAUACCGUGUCCGCUACCCUGGUAACUUGCGAUGAGUGGGGUGAGCCCGUGGAGCGGGGCUCGCCCCCCAAAGACUUCACCGGAGCAGGCAUCCUCGUCCCCCGCUCCCGACGCCAGAGUGCCUCUGGACACUGGGCAGGGGGGGCCCGGGGGCGCGCUGCCCCUCGUCGCCUCGGGUCCCGUGACGGUCACCACGAUACCAGGGCCCGGCCCUGCGAUCGACUCCAACGGCAAGAAUAUAAAAUAUUACUCCCCAGCGUGCAAUGGCAGUAUAGUUUCCGAGCAGGGGAAGUGUAGUGUGCUCGUGGGGAGCGCUGAGAGAAUGGUGGAGGAUGAUGAUGACGUCACUGGGUCCGAUGUUGAAGUCAGUAAAAUUCACUUCAGUGGUGUGAACAUGCGCCUCAAAAAGAAACAUGACUUGAUGUCAAAUGAAGAUUCCCAAGACGGUCUUGUAAAGGACGAGCCUGUUCGGCCUAUGUCUUGGGAGGGUGAAUUAUCUGACGCGGAGAUGCAAGAGGAUACAUCUAUGGAAGGAGUGCAGGUCUCAGUUGUGCACAAUGCCGACUCGAUGUCUGACGACAAACCUCUUCCUCUGAAGUUUGGGCAGAAUGUGGUGGACUAUGUAAAAAGACACAAUAACAGUAGCUCUCAUAGUACUGGGCGUCCACAGACCUCCCUGUUAAAUUCAGGUGCAACUGAGCUACCUCUUUUGGUUGGCAAGUUAUUAGGUGGUGGAAGUUGUUAUAGUCCUGUCCUACCUCAUCGGCCACUGGGUGUGGCAGCAAAGCAAGUUCCGCCAAAUCCAAGUCCGGAUUCAGCAAUACAUUCGGCGUAUUCCUACUCAUCCCCCACCCAAUCUCCAGUCACGUCGCGACAUAGUUCGAGUCAUGGUCUACCAUCAUCUGGCAUAUCCUCCCCCUACACUCCAUCUCUUUCGAGAAAUAAUUCUGAUGCCUCGCAGUAUGGGGGCAGUCAACAUAGCAGUUGUUAUAGUCAAAGCUAUUCAUCAGUAUCAGUUUCUCCAACCCAGUUCUCCCCAACUCACUCACCUAUUCAAGGAAGACAUAUGCAUGCUGUUGGAUUUCCUUCUCCUGUUUUAAACAGAGGCAGUGCUAAUGACUUCAAUGGCAAUGGUUCUCCACUGCAGGGUGUAUCGGAUGAUCGAGAUGGCUCUCUGCUUGAUGAAAAAAUGUCUGCCUUGGCUGCAGAUCUUGUUCAUCAUUCUGGAUUAAAUGCACCUGGGAUUUCAAGACAACAACUGAUCAACAGUCCAUGCCCAAUUUGUGGGGAUAAGAUUUCUGGUUUCCACUAUGGAAUAUUUUCAUGUGAGAGCUGUAAGGGCUUCUUCAAAAGAACAGUGCAAAACCGUAAAAACUAUGUCUGUUUACGGGGCUCUACGUGCCCGGUCACCAUUGCAACUCGCAAAAAGUGCCCAGCAUGCAGAUUUGAGAAGUGUUUGCGCAUGGGCAUGAAGCUGGAGGCCAUCCGGGAAGACCGCACGCGGGGAGGCCGCAGCACCUACCAGAUCUCAUACACCCUCCCAGCGGGACUUGUUCCUCCUGACGGCAGUAGUACGCCUCCCAGUGGAAGCGCAGGUGGCAACAGUUCCAACGGAGGAGGUAGCAGUGGUAGUAACGGCGCAGCUCAUCCUAAGUAUCAAGGAUAUGGCUCGUCGGGGGACCUCCAGGUCAAACUAGAAGUUCCUGAUGGAGGACCAACCGUUGCCUCCUCGCCUCGAAGAGCGAUUCCACAGUUAUUAGAGGAAAUAAUGGAAGUGGAGCGUUUCUGGCUCUGUAAUGAUCAAGAAAUGCAACAUAAAAUGGGGAAUGGACCUCAAAGCUCUCAUCAUCAAGGAUAUUCAUCAACCCCAAAAAGUUCUAGCAGUUCAAAUGCCCACCCUGCAGCAACAGCCACCAACAGCAGCAGCAGUAGCAGCAGCAGUAGUAGCAGCAGCAGUGUGGAGGCCAACAAUCUAUCAAAUCUUACAGAGAUUGCUGAUGAUAGAUUAUACAAGAUAGUCAAGUGGUGCAAAAAUUUACCUGUUUUUAAAAAUAUUUCUGUUGAUGAUCAGAUUGCCCUACUUCUCAAUGCGUGGUGUGAGCUACUACUGUUAUCAUGCUGUUUCCGCUCCAUGAGCACUCCUGGUGAAAUUCGAGUUGGCCACGGAAAGUCAAUCAGCCUAGCACAAGCACAAGAUUUAGGAUUAAGACCUUGCAUUGAGCGAAUGUUAAAUUUCACUGAACAUCUUAGGCGUCUACGCGUUGAUCAAUAUGAAUAUGUAGCUAUGAAAGUCAUUGUGCUUGUGACGUCUGAUGUGAGUGAUCUUCUUGAACCAGAAAAGGUACGAGCUUCUCAAGAAAAGGCCCUUCAAGCACUGCAGCAAUACACUUCGGAACACUACCCUGACAUUCCUUCCAAGUUUGGUGAACUUCUAUUGCGUAUUCCAGAUUUACAACGUACAUGUCAGGUUGGCAAAGAGAUUCUGUCAAUUAUGAAUGAGGAGCGUGAAGGACCAAGCUUCCACCUUCUCAUGGAGCUGCUGGGAGGUGAUCAUUAAAAUGAUGCCGCCAUUUAUCUUGUUUCAGUGCUUUCAGUGUGCCUUCCAUUUGUACAGAACUAAACUCUGAACCAAGCAGCAGGGUAUUGCCAGGUUCCUUCAUUGUCAGUUGGUCUUGCCUCUAGCCUCCCCAGUGGGAUCCUCAUAGACCUAUCAUCUCACUGCCUUGAUUCAUUCAUGAAUCAACACAAUUUCAUGUAUGUACUGUUCAUUUCUCACUGGGUGUCAAAGUGCCAUCUAGUUUGAACUUGCUGAAUGUUUAUGAGAAAAGUGUUUUGAGCAAUUAAGCAGUUUUUGUUUACUUGCCAAUACACUUAGGUAUUGAAUUGACUACUGUAAUUUUGACUGGGACAUAUUUUCAGACUAAAAUAUUUUCAGAUUUACAUGUUUUGUAGUAAGUUUUAGGUCUAUUUGUCCUUGAAGUUGAUCUGUUCAUACAUUUUAGAUUAACUAAAAGGGAGAUACUGAUAGCAAAAUUUACAUAUUCACAAAUGGAUUUUAGUCAAAUAUGAUUCAUCCUGUCCAUUACUUCAAUUGUGAUUUGCUGUUUGGCUUGCCGACCAUAGUUUAUGGGGAAAUGAGAUUUAUUUGACUUACAAUGUCAUGAGUGUGCAAAUGCAUGUAUUCAUAAAGUCAAAUCAUAUUGAUCUCAUGAUGAUAAUCUGUUUCAAUGAAAAAUAUUGACAACCCAUUGGUAAAACGUUUCUGGCUUUAUUCAGUCUUAAAAGUUUUUUAAGAAUAUUUAAUUUACUUGCUCUCUUCUUCUCCAUCAAUUUGUGACAUGUGCAACGUCAUAUCACAAUGCCUUAUCUUUUUGAAAUCUUUAUAUAAUUCUAUUUAUGUAUUCAGUUUUUCAUAACUGUUACAAGACUGGAUUACUACAUUUAGGAGAUACAAUUUUGUCUGUGAAUCUUUGCCAUUAAUUGAAUCAACUUUUCAAAUUAAUGCAAAGAAAGGGCUUCCCCAACAUUUGGUGUCUGGUAUCUGCUAUCUCAACUUGUGCCUGUUUAAUCUUUGCGGGCAUUCUUCUUUUCGCCUUCCGCUGGUGAAAUGUUAUAAUAUCUAUCAUUUUAUUUAUUGAUUUCUGUAGUUAAGUUACCAUUUUCAUGGUAGUAGCCAUGGUUGUGCCACUGUUCAUCGAAAUAUCAAUGAGCAGGAUCAAGCUGCCAUUGUGAGCUUACAACCUUUGGCAGUCACUAGAUUAUGAGACAAUGCUCUUUUCAUGAAAUAUAAAGUCACAAAAUGCUUGGCAUCUGAUACGCUUUAGUACAGUAUCAACCGGUGGUUGAUAAAGUUUCACAAGUUGAAACAAACCCUGAGAUGUACCGAUAGUUUUCAACUUUAAAAACAAAAAUAGGAAAGAGCAUUGCUUUGCUGCCAUUCACUGGGUAUUCCAGAAAAGCACAGAGGUAGCAGGGGCCUAUCCACAAACAUCACAAUCAAUCCCCUAAGCAGGGUUGAGUCAUCUGACUCAUUACUCCCAGUAAGAUAAUGAUGUACUUACAUUCAAGUAAACUUCUAAGAAAUUGAGAAAAGACUUACACACUGCCGUGUGGUGCAUCAGAAUCCGUGUUAUUAUUUAGUAUUUUGUUUUUUAAGAGUGUGAAUUGUGUGCUUGAGAGUGUUUAAAUUAGAAGUUUUGUAACAAUCAUUUUUCACUUUUUGUAUAUGAGUAACAGUUUAAGUGAACAAGAUUUUGCAAUGUGUUCGUACAUUGUGUUUCAAAUCAAAAACCUAAACUCUACAAUGUUACAUACCAUAUGUAAUGCAGAAUACUAUAACUAUCUGGCAUGAUGUAAAAUGUUUCAUAGAAGCAGCUUUAGUUUCUUUAUGUGUUUAAGAUAAGAAAAGGUAGUACCUAUUAACUACCUUUACCUUAUGCUUUUAAGUAUUGAAAUUUUUAAAGUUACAUUUGUGUUUUUUGUCUAUAAAAUACUGCUUCACGUAAGCGAGAUGCCUUUCUGGUAAGGAGCAGCUCUGAGAAUUCAAACAUAUUUUCAGCGCUGUCAGUAUUAUUGUAUAUGAUUUUAUUUAAUUCAGUGACUGAACUCGUCGAAUCAUCCCACCAACUGGUUAACAAAACAAUUGUAAUGAACCCUAAAUAACUUACAUGCAGCUCAAGAAAUCAUACCUCCGGGUCAAUCAUCAACCAUACAUAUUUUAUUGAAAAGCCUUUGUAUCAAACAGUCAAUUCCAUUUGACCUAGGGUUCAAAGUCAAUAGCAUAUUAUUAUCUUUAAAAUUCUAUUUAUUUUUGCAGUGGUCUAAGCUUAGAUGAACUGUGAGACAAAUGUUUUUAUUAUUUCACUUUAGCUAAUGGAUUAAAUCCUGUAAUACAGGAGUGUUUUUUUUCUUUCUUUUUUUUUGAUAGAUGUGAUUGGUUUCUUGUUAUGUUUUAAAUGGCUUUAUUAUUUUAACCGUUUUGAAGUUAAUAAUUAAAGAAAACUCAAUAUAAAACAAUGUAAGAAAUACUUGUUGAAAAUUGUGAGUCUUGAUUUCACGAUCUAGACUGUGUAUUAAUGCUGUUGCUUAAGAAUGUAAAUGAAUUCUUAUUGGCUUACUGAUUGCAGUGUAACUGCCACUGUGUUGAUCUCUAUGAGUUGUGCAUAA